UGAAGGUUAAAAUUCUAACCACGUUACAGUUUUUUUUUUUUUUAAUUAAGUUUUUUUAAGGUGUUGUAAUAUUGUUAAUUGGUGCCUCCAAUUAAAAAAACACAAAUUCUUGGUAGAUGCAGCCUCUAUGAAGACAGAUCUUGGAUAUGAACGGGUAAGGGUUUUCAUAGAUUUAUACAGUUGGAGAAUCCAUGAUACCACCUUAAGGAGAUGCUAAAGUAGGGAUAUACUGUACUGGACCCGCUUAUUUGAGGAAGUGCCUGGUUGUUUGGCUAUGGCAUGCUGCCAGGUUACGCAUUUGAACUCUGGUACUAGAUGGAAGUGCAGUUGGACCUUGUGGACCACAGACAACAAGAGGAAUAAAAAUGAUAUUAUUACUCUGUUAUUCAUGGAAAAUCAUCGUCGCCAUCUUAAAUCCCUCACUCUUUGCAUGCUCUCCAACUCCUCAAAAGGACAACCAUCAAGGAAAUCUGAAAAAUUAAAAGCAUCUAAGCCCAUUAUGAACAUUGCAAAUCUCCGUCAGGAACUGCAGGACUUCAUUUCUGAAGUGGGUCUUCCUUCCGAUUCAGUGCCGUCAUAUAAGGAACUUUCACGUCAUGGAAGGUUAAUAAAGGAUCUUGCAAAUGCCGUUAGACGCCGAGGGUACAAGGCUAUAGCUCAACUUUUGACAGAGCCAGAUGGAAUUCAUAUCACAAAAAGUGAAGGAAAGAAGAGGACACACAUAGAUGAUACUGUUAGUCUUGAGGGGGAGUUAAAAGAUCCUGAUUCCUCUUCAGUGGUGCAAGUAUCUGAUGUACCUCCUCAUGACUACGGUGGUAGUUCAGAUGGACCUGGAUAUUUCCAUGAACAAAAUUCCAAUCUUCACAUACAAUAUUCCCCAAAUAUUUGGUCAUCAGGUGAAUGUCCUGACAGUAUCCAGGGCACUGAUACAGUUCAUAUGGCUGAAAGCAACUCAAGUUAUACCUUAAAAUCGUCUUCUUAUAAGUCUCUGCGUGAAAGGGCAGCAUACUUUGUUCGCACUGGAUAUUUCCACUAUAUAGAAGGAGAAGAUGACAGUGAAGAAUAUCAAGGUGAUGAAGAAAUCAAUGAGAAUGGAUGCAGGGAAUAUAGAAGAGAUGAUGCAACUUCAGUAACUCCUUAUGUCAUGGAUGCUGACAAAUCUCCUGAUUGGCCUUCUGAAUCUGAUUCUAGCGUUCCAUCAAUUUCAGGAAGGAUGGUUGUCACAAAGGCUGCUUAUCAGUCUUAUUUUUGGAGUGAUUAUCCAUUGACUUCUGACCCUGUUACUGCCAAGAAAACUGCUUUCUGGACAAGUGAAACGCAACCCUUAUCUAGGGAGGAAGCUUUGAAUCCUCUUAGUAGAAAUAGCAGUGACCAAUUUCAUUUCAAUGAUGAUGGAAUACAUGAGUCAGAGAUUAUGAAGUAUAGGCUGGCAGAAACUCAACGUUUCAAUUCUCUCUUGCACUCAAAGGAGUCAGAGCUUUCUGAACUAAAACAUGAACUUGAGAAGGAAAAGGCAAAAUUAUAUUCAAUACAAGCAAAAGCAAUUGCAGAGGUUUCACAUGAAAAACAGAUACUUUCUGAAAAAGAAACUGAGUUAAGUGCAGCGGAUCAAGCUCUUUCAAAUUUGAAGCAGGUUCGGAUAGAAUAUUGGGGUGAAGGUAUAAAUGUCAAGGUGACAGGCAGUUUCAAUGGUUGGCAGCAUCACAUUUCAAUGGAACCAGAUCUAGCAUCUGAAAUUCAAAUUUCUAAUGGAACAAGGGGACCUUUAAUGUGGUCAACAGAAUUAUGGCUAUAUCCAGGCAUUUAUGAGCAGAUCAAGUUCAUUGUUGAUGGAAAUUGGCAACUUGACUCUCGCCGAGAAAUUGUAAGGAGGAAUGAGUUCGAAAAUAAUGUUCUCAAGGUUGAACAUUAACAUACUUUCAUGUAAUUGUAGAAUGUUUGAAUGUCUAUUAAUAUGACUUGAUAACAUUGAUGCAAGUUGCCAUAUCAUCUGUAUUAGAUGUUUUAGCAUUUAUAUUGGAUGAUCCUUUGCUUUUUCUUUGUAGCA